GGUACUUAUAGCGGCCGCGGGCGGCGGCGACGGUUGGCUCGGGGUCUGCGCGGACGGCGACAUGGCGGCUGUGCUGCUCGCGCUGCUGAGCUUCGCGCUGCUGGGCGUCCAGGGCGCCGCCGGGGCUGCCGGCUUUGUAAGGUCGCCCCUGUCGCAGGAGAGGUGGGCAGGGGGCAGCGUGGAGCUGCACUGUGAGGCUGUGGGCAGGCCCGUCCCCGAGAUCCAGUGGUGGUUUGAAGGGAAUGGUCCCAACGACACCUGCUCCCAGCUCUGGGACGGCGCCCGCCUGGACCGUGUCCACAUCCACGCCGCCUACCGCCAGCACGCGGCCAGCACCAUCUCCGUCCACAAGCUCACUGCGGAGGACGCAGGCACCUACGAGUGCCGGGCCAGCAACGACCCGGACCGCAACCACCUGACCCGGGCACCUAGGGUCAAGUGGGUCCGAGCCCAGGCGAUCGUGCUGGUCCUGGAACCUGGUGCAGUGUCCGCUUCUGUGGAGAAGGUGGGCUCCAAGACCAUCCUCACCUGCGCCUUGAACCACAGCGCCACGGAGAUCACCGGCCACCGCUGGGUGAAGGCGGGCAGGGUGCUGAAGGAGGACUCGCAGCCCGGCCUGACAACCGAGUUCGAGGUGGACCCGGACGACUACUCAGGAGAAUACUCAUGCAUCUUCCUCCCCGAGCCCACGGGCAGGGCCAGCAUCACGCUGAGCGGGCGCCCCAAGGUGAAGGCCGUGAAGAAGUCGGAGCACGCCAACGAGGGCGAGUCGGUCACGCUGGCCUGCAAGUCCGACUCCUUCCCCCUCAUCACAGACUGGGUCUGGUACAAGACAGCUGAAUCUGGAGACCAGGUCAUCGUGAACGGCUCCCAGAGCAAGUUUUUCGUGAGCUCCUCUGCGGCCAGGUCAGAGCUGCGCAUCGACAACCUGGAUAUGAACUCCGACCCUGGCAAGUACGUGUGCAACGGCACCAGCGCGCAGGGCUCCGACCAGGCCGAGAUCACGCUGCGCGUCCGCAGCCGCCUCGCCGCGCUCUGGCCCUUCCUGGGCAUCGUGGCCGAGGUGCUGGUGCUGGUCACCAUCAUCUUCAUCUACGAGAAGCGCCGGAAGCCUGACGAUGUUGCGGAUGAUGACGACGCAGGGUCUGCACCCCUGAAGGGCAGCUCGCAGCACGUGAACGACAAGGAUAAGAACAUCCGCCAGAGGAACUCCACCUGAGCCAGGUGGCCUCGAGCUGAGCUCCCCGCCAUCAUCCGUCUGCGGUGUCACCUCCUGCCAGCGUCCAUUCCCAGCAUUUGCAAAGUUCCAAAUUCUCUCACCUCUUAAAGAAAAUCCACCCCGAGAGCAAACUGAUUGUAGAUUCGAAUCAUAUACUUAUUUUUUUCUUUCUUUUUUUUUUUUAAACUAAACUAGGGUU